ACUACCGUGCUCCAUUGUGCGACCAUGGAUACAUCCAAGCUAACUUUCCUCCUGAUCUACUUCCUGCACUGUUCUUCGGCGGAAAUCGCCGUCCAGCUCGAACGUUUUGAGCAGAUAGGUGGCGAACAUCUGUUGGAAACGUCGGCAUUGCGCGUCCGUAAGUACAACCGAACCACGUUCACGGCGAACGGAACGUUCCUUCUGCUCCAGGACAUUGACGAAACAUAUGAAGCAACCCUGAAAACGGCGUACAGUCGGCUCGGCAACAACCAGUUUAACGAGUACCCGAUGAAGAUUCCCCAGAAGACGCUUUGCCAAGUCAUCGUCGAUGAGUACCAGCAGUACCAGUACGUCUUUCAAGGCCGUUCGAACCUGCCGAUCUUCCCAAGUGGUACCAAGCGGUUCUGUCCCUUUCCAAAGGGAGAGUACUGGAUACGGGAUCUGUUGCCAGAUGCAAGCUGGGUGCCCCCGGUUGUUCCGGCAGGUUACUGGCGCUUUACAGUGGAGUGUUGGCGAAAGAAAGAAUUGCAGGCAUCUUUGCGAAUAUUUCUUCGCAUUACAAAAGGGUUUAUUUAGAACAAUAAUUGAAACAUCGUAAAGAAUAUUAAAUUCGAUAAAUAUAUCUGGCGUAACGUUCUUUGAUCGAGACAAAAUGGUUUUGUUCGAACGCGAAUCAGUUGAACACGGAACGUCGGAUCGUGGUGCUCUUUGUUGCGUUGGGUUCGUAUAAGUCCAAGGAAGGUUCUUCUAG